AUUGGUUGGUCUCGCUCAAAUCGACAUUGCAUAUCAACUAAGAAACUUCCUGGUUUGGACUAGUUGCCCGACUUGCACCUUGCUCCGACACCUGUAGAAAUAGGCUUAGUUUUGCCGUUCCCGUCUCCUAGAUACAUGUAAAACAGGCCUAGUCGGACUGCUGUCCAUCAGACGUACAUAGUAAAAGAAGAGGCAAUUUUAUCGCAUAAGUAACCUGUGCACUUUUUCUCUAACUUGUCAUAUCGAAGAGGACAGAUGGCACAAAUUGAUAUUUCUUCUCCUGACGGAAUGAACAAUCUUGGCAGUAUGAUUGAACAGGAUUGGCAGAUGAUUCAUUCAUAUGACAUCAGAUCGCAAGUGUGCGCCAAACUCAACAUAAAGUUUAUAGAUGCCGAGUCGUGGGAUAUUGAUGACGUUCAAAAAUGGAUACGAUGGGUGUCGACUGCUUGUUUAAACAUGGAGGAAUGGGAUGUCCAACCAGUGCGAAUGGACGGCAGGAGCCUAUGUAGUUGCACAGAAAACGAUUUUCGAGAAAUGUUGCAAGUUCCACCGUCAGUUGGAGUUAUGUUUCAUCAAAUCUUUCAAGCAUGGUAUCGAGAUGAUGUUCAAACUAUCAAAGCUUGUGAGGAAGGGGUAUACCGGAACAACAUGAUAUAUAAAGAACCAGUGCAUUAUCAACAAAUGGAAGUAUAUCAUCCAGAAAUCGAACAUCAAGAAAACAUACACUCUCAAAUUGUUAGCGACAUAACAGUAGCACCUAACGGAUGCCAAUUCACUUCACCCCCGGCUCACUACGAUCGGGCUCAGUACGACCGAGCCCAGGCUCGGUACGACCGAGCCCAGGCUCGGUACGACCGAGUCCAGGCUCAGUACGACCGGGCCCAGGCUCCGUACGACCAAGCCCAGACUCCUCCCUACGAUCGAGCCCAGGCUCCGUACGACCGUCCUCAGGACUUUGGGCGCCCACUUCCAAUGUGUCCGAUUUACCCAAUGGCUGCAACAUAUCCAGGCAGUAUGGGUAGAUGCCAGAUGAUGCCGUGUGAUACUGACAUGGUAUCUAAUGAUCUCGAUACACAGCCGAAGAAAAAACGAGGCCCAGGGAGACCAAAAAUAAGCAGGCCACCCAAAACAAAAAAAUUACAAUUGUUUGAGUUUCUGUUGGAUUACCUUGAGGAUCCAUGCUCACCUCACCUGGAAUGGAUCGAUAAAUCAUCUGGGCUGUUUCGAUUCCAAUCCGCACACAAAGAAGAUUUCGCCAAUAAAUGGGGUGACUACAAAGGCAACCGGAAUAUGACGUAUCAGAACUUAGCACGAGCCCUGCGUAAUUAUUGCCAUAGCAACACCAAAAUUAUGGUAAAUGAAAAGAAGAAGCUACACUAUCGUUUCAAUAUUGAUGCAAUUAUGGAGCAUCCGACUAGGUUUAAGAUUGUAUUUGGCUCAUAUGUAAAACACACGAGGGAAAGUUAAAAGCUGUGAUCAAUGAAAAUUUAGAGGUGGUGGGGGCGAAAGUUAUAGGUGGGUGGGGGUGGGGUGGGGUUAGUGAGGCCUGUAUGUCAGUUUGGUUUGUGCUGCUGUCACCAAUGGCACGGCACGGUAUGGUAAGUGCAAAACUUACCUCAUCUAUGCCUAGUGUCACCUUUUUUCUUUGUAUUUUUAUGAGUUUAAUAUUAUUAUUUUGUCUAUAAAACAGCGGUCUGUAUAUUGUGAUACAGUACUGUUUUAUUAAGGCAAUUCAAAAAAAAUUGUUGAAUUGCCUUGGUUUUGUCAAGACCGCUAAUUACAUUGUGAUUUGCUACUAUGGAUAAUACCGGUAUAGUCUCAAUGUUUGUUUAAUACACUGUCACCAUGACAUUUUACUAAUAAAAAUCGAGUUGAUCCUAGUGAUUUUAACUAUUAUUUAAUUAAAUAAAUAGGUGAUUGAUUGAUUGAUUAAUUUAGUUAUGAUUGAUUCAUAUUUGUUCUUUAACAAAUUUCUUCAUAUCACUUAAUAGAAUGCAGUUUUCCAGUUAAUUUCAGACAAUGUUCAACUCUCGGAAAUAGACAUCUCUCUUUGCGAAACUUAGGCCUAAUUAUACAAUAAGUCUUAAAAUAUGUGUAUAUUUGUAAAUAAACAGAUUUUUUAUUGACGUUCAA